UACUCUAUCUGCAGGGAGGGGGAGGGAAUGCUGCGCUGAGUGACUGCUUCCUCCCCGGCCUCCUCCCCUCGCCCAGGACUGUUGCCGUUCCUUCUGCCUCCUUCCUCCCAGCACAUUGCUACCAGGAGGCAAGGCACUGCCCCUUUAAAUACAUCCCUUUCCCCUCCUCCUCCUCCUCGGCUGAUCGAUCCUCCAUUUUCCAAAAAAGAACCCAGUAAUCCUACCUGGAAGAGAAAAGGGAUUUUUUGGGAUUGAUCGUGGCUGGAGAUAAAUACUACCAGGAAGGAUCCCCCCCAGACCUCAGAGAGGGGAGGGGGACUGCCACUGGAAUCCCCCUCCUCCCUGCCUGACAGACAUGGCUGCAAACAUGUACAGGGUUGGAGACUAUGUCUACUUUGAAAACUCUUCUAGCAACCCUUACUUAAUAAGAAGAAUAGAAGAACUUAACAAGACAGCAAACGGAAAUGUAGAAGCGAAGGUUGUGUGUUUCUAUAGGAGGAGAGACAUAUCCAGCACUCUUAUUUCCUUAGCGGACAAACAUGCAAGGGAAAUGGAAGAAGAAAUGGAGAACCCAGAAAUGGUGGAUUUACCUGAAAAAUUGAAACAUCAGCUACGACACAGAGAGUUGUUUUUAUCUAGGCAACUUGAAUCAUUACCCGCUACACACAUAAGGGGCAAAUGCAGUGUUACACUCUUAAAUGAAACGGAGUCCUUAAAAUCUUACUUGGAAAGAGAGGAUUUCUUUUUUUACUCUUUAGUUUACGAUCCUCAGCAGAAAACUCUCCUGGCAGAUAAAGGAGAAAUCCGGGUGGGCAACCGUUAUCAAGCGGACAUUACUGAUCUUCUGGAAGAGGGAACAGAAGAUGGUAGAGACCAAGCUUAUCUUGAAACUAAAGUUUGGGAGGCAAGCAACCCUCUUACUGAUAAACAGAUAGACCAGUUUUUGGUAGUAGCACGAUCUGUAGGCACUUUUGCCCGUGCGUUGGACUGCAGUAGUUCUGUCCGGCAACCUAGUCUACACAUGAGUGCAGCUGCCGCCUCUAGAGACAUUACAUUGUUCCAUGCUAUGGACACACUGCACAAAAAUUGUUAUGAUAUAUCCAAAACCAUUUCUGCACUAGUACCACAAGGAGGCCCCGUGCUGUGCAGGGAUGAGAUGGAAGAGUGGUCUGCUUCUGAAGCAAAUCUAUUUGAAGAAGCAUUGGAGAAAUAUGGCAAAGACUUUACAGAUAUUCAGCAAGACUUUUUACCGUGGAAAUCAUUAACCAGCAUAAUAGAGUAUUAUUAUAUGUGGAAGACAACAGACAGAUAUGUUCAACAGAAACGAUUGAAAGCAGCCGAAGCAGAGAGCAAAUUAAAACAAGUAUAUAUUCCCAACUAUAACAAACCAAACCCAAAUCAGAUAAGUGCAAAUAGCAUCAAGCCUGCCGUGGUCAAUGGGACAGUGGUUCAAAGCCAGAACACCAGUGCAGGUCGUGCCUGUGAAAGCUGCUACACAACACAGUCUUACCAGUGGUAUUCCUGGGGACCCCCAAAUAUGCAGUGCCGGUUAUGUGCGUCAUGCUGGGCGUACUGGAAAAAGUACGGUGGUUUGAAGAUGCCAACCAGACUGGAUGGAGAGAGGCCAGGCCCAAACCGUAAUAAUAUGAGUCCUCAUAGCCUUACCAUGAGAACCAGCGGAAGCCCAAAAUUUGCCAUGAAAACACGUCAAGCUUUUUACCUACAUACCACAAAGCUGACCAGGAUUGCCCGGCGGAUAUGCCGUGAUAUUUUCCAUCCACAGUAUGCUGCACGACAUCCUUACAUGCCUAUCAACAGUGCCGCAAUCAAAGCAGAGUGUACAACAAGACUUCCUGAAGCUUCAAAAACGCCACUGAUUUUAAAACAGAUUGUCCGAAAACCAUUAGAACAAGUUUUGCGAUAUAUAGAGGCGCAUCCCUGCACUCCAAAGCUAGAACCAAUCAAAAACAUUUCCACAAGCAUCAGCAAUUCCCUGACCCCAGUGAAGUCUUCUCCAGUCAUCAACAAUGGGUCGCCAACAAUCCUGGGCAAACGCAGCUACGAACAGCAUAAUGGUAUGGAUGACUAUUUUAGAGACAGAUCAGCAAGCAAAGACGUUCGGCUUAACCCAGUGGAUGGAAAACGAAGGCUGCCCUUCCUUGCAUGUAGAAGGGAGAAAAUAAUGAAGCAAAUUAAACAGGACGGGGAGAGAAAAUGGAGCACCUUUUAAUUUGGACUGAAGCUGUGAGGAGUACCCAAAACCUAUGGUUUUUCGAUGGGUGUUAACUUUUCUCUCCCCUUUCAACAUUUUUUUUUAAUUAUAAUAUAUAUCUUGAGCAGUCUUUUUUUUCUUGUAAAAUAUUCUUCUAUAAACUGGAACUUUUGAUAAUUAUGGCUGUCUGGAUCUAACUAUCCGCAAAAUCCUUAAGUUGCAAUCAUUUCAGUUUCUCAUGGAGCUUUUGUUAUGCACAAAAACAGCAGAUCCAGUGACUUUCCAAUCAGAUGCAAACCUUUUUGUUUCUAUAAGACCCACACAGUCCAUGGAUAACUCUUUUGUAGACCGUUAAUGUGGCCAGUGAUCAUAUAUCUAUAAACAUUGAUCAGAGCCAUACUGAGUCAACUACUUUGUCAUACUGAGAAAAAAGAAAAACAACUAUGAAGUGCACCUAGAAUUAUUUGCUUCAUAUUUUUCUAUGUCCUGUUUUGUUCAUACUUUAUAUUAUUUUAAAUGUUUUUUGUUAUUUCAAGUUUAAUUACCUGUUUUAAUUUCCCCUUUGGUGCCAAGAUUCCUUCCUUUAUUGUCUACAUAGCCUUUAUCUACACCUGCUCACUGAGUGACUUCAGUCCACAAAAGUUUACUGCCUCCGAUUUACUUGCUGGCCAGGCCCAUUACAUUUUCUGUAUAUAGAAAUGUCUAUUCUGCAAAACACACAUUCAUGUGUACUUGAAUAAUGUACGAUAAGUUAUUUCCGUUAUCUUGAGUUAACGUAAUGAAAAAGAAAAAAAAUAUUUGUUUUUCUUUUUUAGUUUGUUAAAAGUAAUAUACAGUAUUGCCUAUAUUGUAGUUCUAGUUUAGCUUUCAUUUAAAGGAGAGAGGCAGCCAAACACAUUUCAUUGGUAAAUCAAUAGCUCCCAGUAUCAGAAGAGCAAAAUCCACUUCCCGGAAGCCUUGCUGUUGAAAAGAAACCCAGCUCUCUGAAUAUAUUUAAUGAGAGGCUGAAAGACAAUUAGGGUUUGCUUAUGAGUCUGGGGGUUAGGUGAAUGGCGUGUCCUGGGUUCUGAUACUUGGGGAAGAAUUAUUUACUAUUUUUAUAGUGUUUUUUAGACUUCGUUUUUUAAGGGGUCAUGCCAUGCCAGUGAGUUUCUGAAGAAAAUUAGGCAAUGAAAUUGUUUAAACAAAUGUAUUAUGUAAAACACUUUUUUCCAAGGUAAAAUAUGUUUUGAAUCAGCUAUGUUUUUGUUGUGGUGGUUUUUUUAUUUUAUUUAUUUUUUCGAUUUAUUUAUUUGAUGGCAUAUCCCUCACUUUUCUGUUUUUAGAAAAGCUGUGUGUGGGGGAAGAGGGGAGUGGUAAACAAUGACGCAAGAUGUUCUUGUCAGGCAAAACACUAUUUCUCUGCUCAUUAAAUACAGUUCAGAAGUUUUCAAUAACUUAAAUUAUUGGAUUUAUUUUUAUAUGAAUUUGUCUGUUACCGGAUUUUUUUUAUUUUAUUUUCACCAAUACAGGAAAAUCAUUUGUAAACAAAAAUAUAAUAAUCUAGAUGUAUAUAAAUUUAAUGAGAUUAUUUCUAAAGAAAAUCAGGAACAUAUACUGCAAUGGCCUAUUUAGUAGUUUCUUCUGAUAGUGCCUGAAGUUCUGCACUCCACUCACAUUUAUUUUCAAAAUUGUAGUUGAGAACAUGCACUUCAUUGUGGCAUAGGAAGCAUUUCAGUUUCUUUCUUUUUGUGUGUGGAAAAUUGAUUCAUUACUGUUGACUAUGAUGGGUUCAUCAGUACUAUGAAGUGUUUACAAAUAAUAAUUUAAUGAGUCAAAUAAAAAACAAUUUUUCAACCAUUUAUUGGUGACUGCUGUGAAGUAUUAAUAGUAUGAACAUGAAAUUGCUCUAGAUGAUGUGCUUUGAAAGAUUCCAUAUUGCUAUAACAUGUGCUGUGUGAUACAAAAGUAUUUUCUACGAGGUCCGUAAUAAAGGAUUGUGUAAAUAGUGAUUUAUUUCAUAUUUAAAAUUCCAAUAAAAAGGGAACAAAAAUGCAAUUACUCUACAUCAUCCAAAAAGACUUUUACGAUUUGAAAUACUGUUAUUUAAUUAACAUAAUAAUUUUUUAUUUAUUUUUUGUUUAGCUUGUAAAUUCAUUUAGUAGAGUGGGUAAGGAUACAGAAAAUGUAAUGAAAGGAGCUGUGGAGAGAUUUGGUGAUAAAAAGUGGAGUAAUGGUUGGAACUGGACCAGAAAAUAAUGAUGGGAAUGCUUUUUAAAUCUAAAAGCUAUAUUUGAAAGGAAUUGAGAUUAUGUAAGAUGAAAACAAAGGGUGAAAACAAAUUAUACAUGCCUUAAAAAAAAAAAAAAAAAAUAUUAGUUUGCAUUAAUGAUGACCUUUUCAGGUAUUCUUAUAUAUAAUUAAUUCAGUUUUGGCAUAUGCUCAGAUACACCACACAGUAUCCUUAUUUGUAGUUUCUGCAACCAAAGCACGUUUAAUAUAUCUGACCCUCCUUUAACAACAUACUUAUUGCUGUAUAGAUUGUUUUGCACUUUUAAUUGAAACUGAGAGUCUUAAUUCACACACAAAAUAUCAAAGCUUAAGAGAUGUGGAACGGGUGUCUAUACUAUAUAACAUAAUUAUACAGCAUUGUUGUCGUUUCAUAUUUGGAAUUAUUCCACAAAAAUGUGAAAUAACUGCUAUAAAAUUUCAUUUUCAGUAUUAAGGGCGUUUCCAGUGUGUUGUCUAAAAGUUUCUAUACGCUAAAUAAAGCACAGUUAUAUCUAGAUUUAUAAAUGUGAUUUAUUAAUUUCCACGCCCUUUUUUUUUUUUUUUUUUUUAUAAGCGUAACGCACUUUUUAUAGAGGUGCUGUGAUGCAAUGGAUUGGCCCCUUAUCAUUAAAAGAUCGCAUCCCACUUGAGUUCCGAUGCAGCUAACUCAGUGGGUGUGUAGGCAAGCCUCACACCCUGUCCAGUCUAGUUUAGCCUAGAAUGCUAUUUGAUAUUUCAUCCACAUAACCCUUAAUCUAAUACAUUAGUGCUCAUGAGAGACGGUCAAAAACUUCCUUCGGUCAAUUGGUCUCUCCAUGUAAAGCCAACUGGCUAUCUCACAAUUUUGCUUACAAUGCACAAGACUACAAUAUACUUUGGGUGCCUAAUAAAGUAAACCAGUUAUUCCUUAUCUUAAUUUAUUUGCACCAGAUUUGAAAUGCUUCGCAAAAGAUUGAUGGCGUAGGGCAGACCUAUCCAUAUACUAAGCUUUAAGUAAUGUAUAUUUUUUGUUUUUGCAGUGUAUAUUAAUAAAACUUUACAAAUUUUUAAUAUUUUAGGUUUUGAGUCUGCUUUAUUUAAGGUUUGGUUUUUGUUUUUUUUUGGAUAGUGUGGAGUAAUUGCUUGCUUUUUCCUUUCCAUACAUAUUUUGUUACUUUAUGUAGACUUAAAGGGAAGUUUGGACAAUUUACUAGGACAAUUUUUGUUUUGGUUUGUUAAUAAACACAUUGUUUUAGGUGUAUUUAUGUUUGUCAAUAUUCCAA